CGGCCUCGUUCCCUCGCAGCCUGCCCUCCGCUUUUUUUUUUUUUUUUUUUUUUUUAAAUUAUUAUUUUUCCGGGGGGGAUAUGGCGGCCCCGGGCCCUCCGCAGCUCGCUUGGCUGCGGCUGGGCCCGCGGCUGCGUGCCGGGCUGGAGGUCGCGCUGCGGGUGCCCAGCUUGUUCCUCAUCGACGCCAUCUUCAACUCGUCCCCGCUGCCGGGGGGCUCCGUGUGCGCCGCGCUCCUGGCCGUGCUGCUGCGGCUGCUGGGUGUCUUUGUAUCCAGUGUUGUUCUGGUGUUACAACAGCGAGCACUUUUCAAGUUCUACAUGAUCGCCUCCGCGUUUCUGCUGGCUGCAACUUCAGUGUUGGUGAAUUACUACGCUUCUUUGCACAUAAACUUCUACAGUGCCUAUUACACAGCAGCUUUUGGAAUUCAGUUCUUCCCUCACAAAGGACCCUCGCUAUGGAUGGCGCUUUCCAUCCUCCAGCUGACCUUUGGGAUCGGAUACGUUACGUUGCUGAACGUGCGGUCCAUAUACUCUCAGCUCAUCAUCCUGGACAUACUGAUCCCUGUAAUCGGCUUGGUUGUUGAACUACCUUUGAGUGUCCGACAGAUACUGGUUUUUAUUUCAGGCCUAGUGCUGACACUGAACACCACAGCCAUUCUAGUCACAAAAAUUAAAUGGUUCUAUUACUCUGUGCGGUACGUUUAUCUGCUGGUGAGGCACAUGUACCGCAUUUAUGGAUUACAGCUACUGAUGGAGGAUACGUGGAAGAGGAUUCGCUUUCCCGCUGUGCUGCGGGUCUUCUGGCUGACGAGACUUACAGCACAGGCUGUGGUGCUGACGUACGUCGUAAAGAUGGCCGAAACCAACACAGAAGACACAUUAUUGAUAUCGUGGGAUAAUUGCUGGGAACUGAUUUGCAGCCUGAUAAUAAGCGGGUGUGAUUCUACCUUAACUGUGUUAGGCAUGAGUGCUGUCAUCUCCUCCAUAGCACAUUACUUGGGACUCGGCAUCUUGGCCUUCAUCGGCUCAACCGAUGAAGAUGACAGAAGGCUUGGUUUUGUAGCACCUGUUUUGUUUUUCAUUUUGGCCCUGCAGACUGGCUUGAGCGGCCUGAAACCAGAGGAAAGACUGGUUCGCUUGAGUCGAAACAUGUGCCUUUUGCUGACCGCAGUCCUGCAUUUCAUCCACGGAAUGACAGACCCCGUGCUGAUGUCUCUCAGUGCCUCCCACGUGUCGUCGUUCCGCAGACACUUCCCCGUGCUGUUUGUUUCAGCUUGCCUUUUUGUCCUGCCAGUUCUGCUCAGCUACGUCCUCUGGCACCACUAUGCACUGAACACGUGGCUCUUCGCGGUCACGGCGUUCUGCGUAGAGCUUUGCCUAAAAGUAAUCGUUUCUAUCACUGUUUAUAUAUUGUUUAUGAUCGAUGGCUACUAUAAUGUGCUGUGGGAGAAACUUGAUGAUUAUGUCUAUUAUGUUCGUUCAACGGGCAAUAUUAUUGAGUUUAUAUUUGGAGUGAUGAUGUUUGGGAACGGAGCUUACACGAUGAUCUUCGAGUCGGGAAGUAAGAUCCGUGCGUGCAUGAUGUGUCUGCAUGCGUACUUCAACAUCUACUUACAAGCAAGGAACGGCUGGAAAACUUUUAUAAACCGCAGGACUGCUGUUAAGAAAAUCAACUCCCUUCCAGAGGUAAAAGGGAGCCGGCUACGUGAAAUAGACGACGUAUGUGCAAUCUGCUACCACGAGUUCACCACCUCUGCUCGCAUUACUCCCUGCAACCAUUACUUCCAUGCACUUUGUCUUCGGAAGUGGCUGUACAUUCAGGACACGUGCCCCAUGUGCCAUCAGAAGGUGUAUAUUGAGGACAAGGAAAAUGCCAAUAUCUCUAACAACAGUGGAUUUGUGGCACCCAAUGAAGGUCCCGUAGAAGCUGCGGAAGAAGCUGCUGAUGCUGAAAACGAAUUAAAUGAAGAUAAUGACAGUUCAGAGAGUGACGAAGACGAUGAUGAUGACUGUGUGGAACAGCACUUGAAUAAGACUCUUAAUGCUAACUCUAACUCUCGGGGUGAUUGAGAAGUCCUUUCCUAAGCUGUGAGGUAUUUGUUUAAAUUGACUUCAACAGAUAAAAAGUAUCACUUUGUAGUUGUUAUACCUAAGCACAACAGCAGUAUCUUGAUGUUGAGUCUGUGAAUGGUGGUUGUUUACUGUGGUGUGUGCUACUGUAAAUAUACCUCUAACUUGCUGGUCUCUUUCAUGACCACCUUAAAUUAUGUACAUUAUUGUACAUGGAAUAAAAUGUUUUCAUGUUUUUAAGAUGGUUGGAAAAACACUCUUUAAUUGAUGUAGUGAGAAUGCUGUGCCAAAGACUGUAUACCAGUAAUCCCCGAUCAAUGAGUUCUGGAUGUAAAGGAGAAAUAUUGGUGAAAGCAGACUGUUCAACAGCUCAAAUCAGAAAUGAAAAGCCUGAACCAAAGUAGCUUUACUUACAAAUUCAGUAUUAGCAGAGCUUUAUUGCUUAAAAACUAGUGAGUUGUAUUUAAAAAUAAAAAAUAAAAAAAAUAGGCUGGUAGACUUAAUGCUACAGCAUUUGUGUAUGCGGAACAAAAAAAUGAAACUGUUAAGCUUUCGGGCAAAGUAGUAAAGCAUGCACUUGAUUUGUUAAGCACUUCUGAAUUACCAGUAGUAACUUGAAGUAUUCUACAUGUGAAUUCAGCAGCCUGGUAUUCGUUUUGCGAUGCAUACACGUAUUAACAAGAGCUGCUAGCUUAGACUAUCUUAAAAAUUGAUCCUGAAUCUUGAUGAAAAGGAAAUAGGGCUGAGAAACUGUACCAAUGCAGACCACCUUUUUCAAAAUCAGCUUUAAUCUUGUACAAAAAAGCACUACAUACUGGCUUCCAUUGAUAAGGACUUGCAGAUAUGAUCAGUCUUAAGUUAUGCUGAGUGAGUGUAAGAAGAACAACUUUAUAUAUUUGGAAAGAAGACUUUAAUAGUGUUGUUAUAUAGCGUAUUGGCCAACUCGAGCGGGUCUUCUUCUCUUACCGCUGCCAUUAUUUCCAGGAUUUGACUAGAAAAGAAAGAUUGCUAUUAGAGACUCUGAAACUCAGUACUGAAUAUAUGUCAGACUGUCGCAUCUGUAUGUACAUAAGUAACUAAGAUUCACCUGGAAUAAAAACCUCCUUGGAGAGCAACAGGGUAAGAUGCUCAAAUCUGCAAACAGCUUCACUUCUAAGUAAGUCACUGACGUCCGUUCCCUGAACACGGGUUGCUCACUGGUACAGAUUCAUCUUUGGUCUUUUGACUCUUGUUCAGAGGUUAUUAAACAGCUUGCUGUUUCAAAGAAA